AUGCCUGCACUAAAACUUCUGCAGUAUCCAGCACUCCUGCAGCAUCCGGCUCACUCCUGCAGUAUCCAGAACUCCUGCAGCAUCCGGCUCCUCCUGCAGUAUCCAGCACUCCUGCAGCAUCCGGCUCACCCCUGCAGCAUCCAGCUCACUCCCAGCAGCAUCCGGAACUCCUGCAGCAUCCGCAGCACUCCAGCAUCCGGCUCCCCUGCAGCAUCCGGCUCACCCUGCAGUAUCCAGCACUCCUGCAGCAUCCGGCUCCUCCUGCGGUAUCCGGCUCACCCUGCAGCAUCCUCCUGCAGCUUCCAGCACCUCCACCAACACUGUCUCCAAGCACAUGAAUCAAUUCAGUUGUAUCCCACCUCUCUCUCCUUAUCUAUCUAUCUAUCUAUUAAAAUUAAUCUAUCAAUGAAAGAAACUGUCAUUAAGCUUUCUUUCUUUCACUCUAUCUAUCUAUCUAUCUAUCUAUCUAUCUAUCUAUCUAUCUAUCUAUCUAUCUAUCUAUCUAUCUGUCUUAUAACUUUUUUAAUAUUGAACUUCUCUCUUUCUUCAAAUUUUCUUCCUUCUUUCCACUUCUUCCUUCCUUACUUCCUUCCUUACUUCUUGUUAAUACAUUGUUUUUUUUUUUAUUCCUGA